AUGGCCACUCUCCCACCCGGCUGGGAGUGGGAUUAUGACGGAAAUCGGUGGCUGUACCGCUACACGCCCACCGGCCAUGUGCAGUACCAUUUCCCCAGCGCGGGCGACGAGUUUCCCGACUUCAUCGACGCUGCGUCUCCGGCGCCGGACCUCGCGCCCGAGGAGAAGCUCGAGUCGCAGCAGCAGGUGAAGCGGCACACGAGCGUCACCGGAGGCCCCAGCCGGACAGGGCGAGCAGCGGCGAGAGACGAAGAUGGGUGGAGAUUGCGCAUGUCGGCGACGGCGCAGCCCGUGAGUGCGGUCUGGGAGGACGAGUUCGGGGCCGAGGACGACAACGACAACGAUAACGAGGUGGAGGGCGAGGCCGUGUUUCAGCCGGAGAAUUUCAUGUAUCUCGGCCCGGGGACGUAUGUGGAUGUCAGUCCAUUGGUUGAGGAGGAGGAGGAGGCGGCGAGGAGGGCCGUGGUGGGAGCCGAGCAAAGGGGGGGACUGCCGACGGACAGCAAUAGGGGAGUCAGUCCUAUGGUGAGCCAGAACACGACGCCGAUGGUACGCACAAGUGAGGCUGUUGCUCGGACGGAGCCUGGGGCGCGGGAGCAUGGGUUUACGACUGCGAUAAAUGAGAGAGCUUUUGAGCCGCCGCCACCGAUAAUAUCGUACGAGGAGCCGGCAAUGGUGACGCCCAUUGAGGGCUACAUCGUGGGAGAAGCGAGCGCAGUACCCGAAGAAGAAGCACUAAACUACGAAAUGUACGAGCUCCCGGUAGAAACCGCCGUGCCUCUGCAUCUGCAGUUUGAUCCCGUGGGCGUGGUGGCUGAGAUGCCGACGGAGCACACGGCAUCGGCCCGCGUGGAGACACACCCGGAUCCGGUUGAGCUGGCCGGCACCUACAUCAUGGCGCCGGUUGAAAUAGAGCCGCGGCCGGGGUUUGUGGAACUGCCGGCCGAGAUUGACCUGGGCGAGGAUAGUCAACUGAGAGAGGAGAGGUUGACGGAUCAGCAGCGUCUGGAGCUGAGACGGCAGCAAGUGAGACAGCACCAGGAGGAGCGGCAGCGGGAUGUCCAGCAGAGAAAGGAGGAGCGGAAGAAGCGAGAGGCGGAAGAAUUGCAAAGGGAGUUGGAGAUGCAGCAGUCCAACGAAGGGUAUAGCCCGUCCCAGGAGCAAAACAAUGGCGCCCCGCAGCCGUUCAAGAUUGCCAGGAAACCGACGCUCCGAGAGUCCAGCGCCCCAGGCACAGGAGGACUAUCAAGCCUAUGCGCCAGGCCAAGCUGCACAGACGAGCGCGAUACCGGCGCGGAUAAUGAGUCCGGCGCUGCAGCGAGAGGCGUCGCUGAAUAUGAGCAUGAGGCCGGCCACCGCUGCGUCUAA